CUGCAGUCGAGACAAGUCUCUUUGUUUCUCUCUCAACUGAAUCCAGCAGGUUAUUAUUUCUUCACAACACAGCAGACUCUCUGCAGGACACUGAGUGUAGACAUGUCUGCUGCCAGCUGUCUGCUGACUGAAGAUCAGUUUCUGUGCUCCAUCUGUCUGGAUGUGUUCACUGAUCCAGUCACCACACCAUGUGGACACAACUUCUGUAAAACCUGCAUCACUACACAUUGGAAAAUGAAUGUCAAGUGUCAGUGUCCCAACUGUAAAAAGCUUUUCUACACCAGACCUGAACUGCAGGUCAACACUUUCAUCUCUGAGAUGGCUGCUCAGUUCAGACAGUCAGCUCAACAGAAAGCCAGCAGCAGCAGCUCAGAGCAACAAGUUUCCAAACCAGGAGAAGUUCCCUGUGACAUCUGCACUGGAACCAAACUGAAGGCCCUGAAGUCCUGCCUGGUGUGUCUGGCCUCCUACUGUGAGACUCACCUGGAGCCUCAUCUGACAAAACCAGGCCUUAAAAGACAUCAGCUGAUCGACCCUGUGGAGAACCUGGAAGACAGGAUGUGUCUGAAGCACGAUAAACUGCUGGAGCUGUUCUGUAAGACCGACCAGAUGUGUGUCUGCAUGCUCUGCACUGUUUCAGACCACAAGACACAUGAUGUUGUUCCUCUGAGAGAAGAAUAUGAAGGAAAGAAGGCCGAGCUGGGGAAGACAGAGGCUGAAAUUCAGCAGAUGAUCCUGAAGAGACGACUGAAGAUUGAGGAGAUCAAACACUCAGUGGAGCUCAGUGAGGAAGAUGCAGACAGAGAGAUAGCAGAUGGUGUUCAGGUCUUCACCGCUCUGAAGGAGUCUGUUGAGAGAAGCCAGGCCGAGCUCAUGGACACGAUCAAAGAGAAGCAGAGAAAGACAGAGAAACAGGCUGAAGGCUUCAUCAAAGAGCUGGAACAGGAAAUCUCUGAGCUGAAGAAGAGGAGCACUGAGGUGGAGCAGCUCUCACGCUCUGAAGACCACCUCCACCUCCUCCAAAGCUUCAUGUCCCUGAACACUGCUCCACCCACCAAGGACUGGACAGAGGUCAGCGUCCGUCCACCUUCAUAUGAGGGGACUGUGAGGAGAGCUGUGAGUCAGCUGGAGGAGACGCUCAGUAAACAGAUGAAGAAGCUGUUUGAGGUCGAGCUGAAGAGGGUCCAGCAGUCUGCAGUGGAUGUGACACUCGAUCCUGAUACAGCACAUCCCAAACUCAUCCUGUCUGAUGAUGGGAAACAAGUAAUGCUUGGUAAAGUUUCUAAGAAUCUCCCAAACAAUCCAGAGAGAUUUGAUAUUUGUGUUAAUGUCUUAGCAAAGCAGAGUUUCUCUUCAGGAAGAUUUUAUUAUGAGGUUCAGGUUAAAGGGAAGACUGAAUGGAAUUUAGGAGUGGCCAGAGAGUCGAUCAACAGGAAGGGAAGAAUCCCAGCAAACCCCCAGAAUGGCUUCUGGUUAUUAUCUUUGAGAAAUGAAAAUGAGUACUAUGCCCAUGCCGACCCUUCAGUCCGUCUCUCUCUGAAGUCUCAGCCUGAGAAGGUGGGGGUGUUUGUGGAUUAUGAGGAGGGUCUGGUCUCCUUUUAUGAUGUUGAUGCUGCAGCUCUUAUCUACUCCUUUACUGGCUGCCGCUUCACUGAGAAACUCUACCCAUACUUCAGUCCUUGUACUAACAAUGAUGGUAAAAACUCUGCCCCUCUGAUCAUCUCUUCUGUCACACUAAGUAGAACAAGCAGAGCUAUGAUGUCACAUUUCCUGAAAGUCAGUGUGAGUGAGAGCAGAGCUGCAGUGGAGACAAGUCUCUGUGUUUCUCUCUACAGAAACAUUCAACUGAAUCCAGCAGGUUUUCAUCAACAACAAACACUGAGUGUAGAUAUGUCUGCUGCCAGCUGUCUGCUGACUGAAGAUCAGUUUCUGUGCUCCAUCUGUCUGGAUGUGUUCACUGAUCCAGUCAGCACACCAUGUGGACACAACUUCUGUAAAACCUGCAUCACUGAACACUGGAGUACUAAUGUCCCCUAUCAGUGUCCAAACUGUAAAGAGGUUUUUGAUCCAAGACCUCAACUUCGAGUCAACACUUUCAUCUCUGAGAUGGCUGCUCAGUUCAGACAGUCAGCUCAACAGAAAGCCAGCAGCAGCAGCAGCAGCUCAGAGCAACAAGUUUCCAAACCAGGAGAAGUUCCCUGUGACGUCUGCACUGGAACCAAACUGAAGGCCCUGAAGUCCUGCCUGGUGUGUCUGGAAUCCUACUGUGAGACUCACCUGGAGCCUCAUCUGACAAGAUCAGGCCUGAAAAGACAUCAGCUGAUCGACCCUGUGGAGAACCUGGAAGGCAGGAUGUGUCUGAAGCACGAUAAACUGCUGGAGCUGUUCUGUAAGACCGACCAGAUGUGUGUCUGCAUGCUCUGCACUGUUUUAGACCACAAGACACAUGAUGUUGUUCCUCUGAGAGAAGAAUAUGAAGGAAAGAAGGCCGAGCUGGGGAAGACAGAGACUGAAAUUCAGCAGAUGAUCCAGAAGAGACGACUGAAGAUUGAGGAGAUCAAACACUCAGUGGAGCUCAGUGAGGAAGAUGCAGACAGAGAGAUAGCAGAUGGUGUUCAGGUCUUCACCGCUCUGAAGGAGUCUGUUGAGAGAAGCCAGGCCGAGCUCAUGGACACGAUCAAAGAGAAGCAGAGAAAGACAGAGAAACAGGCUGAAGGCUUCAUCAAAGAGCUGGAACAGGAAAUCUCUGAGCUGAAGAAGAGGAGCACUGAGGUGGAGCAGCUCUCACGCUCUGAAGACCACCUCCACCUCCUCCAAAGCUUCAUGUCCCUGAACACUGCUCCACCCACCAAGGACUGGACAGAGGUCAGCGUCCGUCCACCUUCAUAUGAGGGGACUGUGAGGAGAGCUGUGAGUCAGCUGGAGGAGACGCUCAGUGAACAGAUGAAGAAGCUGUUUGAGGUCGAGCUGAAGAGGGUCCAGCAGUCUGCAGUGGAUGUGACACUCGAUCCUGAUACAGCACAUCCCAACCUCAUCCUGUCUGAUGAUGGGAAACAAGUAAAGCUUGGUAAAGUUUCUAAGAAUCUCCCAAACAAUCCAGAGAGAUUUGAUAUUUGUGUUAAUGUCUUAGCAAAGCAGAGUUUCUCUUCAGGAAGAUUUUAUUAUGAGGUUCAGGUUAAAGGGAAGACUGAAUGGAAUUUAGGAGUGGUCAGAGAGUCGAUCAACAGGAAGGGAAGAAUCCCAGCAAACCCCCAGAAUGGCUUCUGGUUAUUAUCUUUGAGAAAUGAAAAUGAGUACUAUGCCCAUGCCGACCCUUCAGUCCGUCUCUCUCUGAAGUCUCGGCCUGAGAAGGUGGGGGUGUUUGUGGAUUAUGAGGAGGGUCUGGUCUCCUUUUAUGAUGUUGAUGCUGCAGCUCUUAUCUACUCCUUUACUGGCUGCCGCUUCACUGAGAAACUCUACCCAUACUUUGGUCCUUGUACUAACAAUGAUGGUAAAAACUCUGCCCCUCUGAUCAUCUCUCCUGUCAGUCACACAGAGUAGAGCAGUGGUUCCCCACUGGUCCAUCCUGGGGUCCAGAUUUUCUCUUAGUCAUUUGUACAAGGUCCAUACGUUCAGCAUCAUACUUGCCUUUGGCAAUGUUGUCAAACUACUUCGCUGUCUCUGUCAAGUAGUCGCUUACUCUACAGUAGGAAACUGCACUUCAAAAUAAAAGCGCUGUGCUGGAAAUUUACUGCACUUAAACAUAAAAUGAUUGACUGAAUGAAACUGACACAUUUGUGAGUCACUUGUGGUCCAUUCAGAAUAUCCCAUGAUCCACUAUUGGACAAAGACCCACCACCUGGGAACCACUGGAGUAGAACAAUCAUUUGAUUUACUGCAGAAAGAUUCACCAUUAAGUAAUGUUAAACAUGUAUAUUUUUUUGUUGAUGCCCAGUGUUUACAUUGUUGUUUUAUCAGAUUCUUAUCAAUGUGCUUUUUUGCAUUUUGUAUUUUUUGUUUUGUACAUUAUUUUUAUGUUUCACAUUGCUACUUACUACUACAAGUAUGGCUGCCCCCUAAUAGUUGACCAAACGUUGGUCGACCAUAAAGGUCAUUAGUUGGCAAGAUUUCAUUAGUCGCAGAAAAAACAAACAAACAAACAGACA